AUGGAUAAGAAAUAUAAUUUCCAAAUCCUAUUACCAAAUGGCACAACCGUCCGUUUGAAAUUGCAGAAUCCUGAGAUGAAAAUGCCAUUCAGAGAUUUCAUUGAAAGGGUGGAAAAGGAAUACAUCCGCACUUGGAAACAAUCAGGCUCGCUAAAGCGGAAGCGGGAGAUUAACUGGAAAAGUGGUAGCUUUCUUCUUGUAGAUGCUUAUGAUGUGAAGAUACAAAACGUAGUGAAUUUCAAGAAUUUCAAGCCACAAGAAUGUCACAUUCUAAGACUCCAAGAUGGUCUUGAGGACAGCACUACUACUUUUGAGAACAUGUGGGAUUUGACCCCCGACACUGAUUUACUAAAGGAGCUACCCCAAGAGUAUACAUUUGAGACUGCUCUGGCAGAUUUGAUUGACAAUUCUCUGCAAGCCGUAUGGUCAAAUGAUAGGAGACAUGGCAGACAUAUAAGUGUGGUUGCUGACGAAGAUAUGAUCUCAAUAUUUGACAAUGGCUCAGGGAUGGAUGCAAGUGAUGAAAAUUGUAUAGUGAAGUGGGGAAAGAUGGGUGCUUCACUUCACAGGUCUUAUAAGGAACAGGCAAUAGGGGGUAAUCCUCCUUACCUAAAGCCUUUCUUUGGAAUGUUUGGAUAUGGUGGACCUAUAGCCUCCAUGCAGUUGGGGAGGUAUGACUUCUCUGAAAAUUCUUCUCAAUGUGAGUUUCUUUGUGCAGUGCGUGCUUUAGUUUCUUCUAAGACAAAGGAUUCAAAGAAAGUUUAUACCUUGAAUCUUGAUAGAAAGGCUUUACUCAGUGGGUCUUGGAAGACCGGUGGUAGCAUGAGGGACCUUGAAGAAGAUGAGAUAAGCAGAGCACCACACGGAAGCUUUACUAAGGUUACAAUCUUUGAACCUAAAUCAAAAAUGGACACAUAUCAACUCCAGUGCAAGCUGAAGGAUAUAUAUUUCCCUUAUAUUCAGUAUGAUGAAGAUACAAAAAAAGGGAAGACCAUAAUGCCAGUCAAGUUUGAGGUCAAUGGUGUUGAUUUGGCUGAGGUUGAGGGUGGUGAGAUUGCAAUUACAAACAUGCAUUCCUGCAAUGGUCCUGAUUUUGUUUUACAGCUUCAGUUCUCCUUUAAGAAAGACAAUAUGAGUAAAUAUAAAUCUCCAGAUUCAAAGACUUAUUGCGAAGCUAAUGCUCGCCUGAAGUGCGUCUAUUUUCCAAUUGAACAGGGAAAAGAGAACAUUGACAAAAUUUUGGAGAAAUUAGGGACAAGAGAAAACUUUGAGACCUUUAGUCGUGUCUCUAUUCGGAGGCUUGGCCGCCUGCUUCCUGAUGCUCGUUGGGGUUUGCUUCCGUUUAUGGAUCUGAAGCAAAAAAGAGGAACGACAGCACAAUUGUUGAAAAAAUGUUGCAUGAGAGUUAAAUGCUUUAUAGAGACUGAUGCUGGUUUCAAUCCAACGUCAUCGAAGACUGAUCUUGCUCACCAUAGUCCUUACACCACUGCAUUGAGAAAUCUCGGCAAUAAGCCUCUUAAGAACGAGAAUGACAUGAAUGUUCAACUGUAUAAAGAUGGAAACCUCUUAAGUCCUUCUCAACUGAAGAAGGAGUAUGAGGACUGGAUUAUUGAGAUGCAUGCUCAAUAUGAUCACGAUGAAGCAGACUGUGGUGAAGACCAACCCGUCUUUCUUGUAAGUCCUGCAAACAAAAAGGCACUUCGGAUAUCAUCUGAAGUUGCAAGGGUCCAUAAAUCAUUAAUGAGGCAUGGAAGGACCUGGAAGUGUGGUCAAAGAAUUAAAAUUCUUAAGGGAGCAUGUGUUGGCGUUCAGAGUAACAAUGUUUAUGCAACAAUUGAAUACUUUUUGCUUGAAGGUCUCCAAGAUGAAUCUGGUGGUGAGGCCCGUAUUUUAUGCAGGCCUUCAAGUCUGCCAGAUGAAAAGGGGUGCAUCCUUUCAGUCAAUGAUGGGAAUACUAAAUUGGAAAUGGGUGAAUCCUUGUCUGUACCACUAAGUGUGAUUGAUGCUGGAAAGUGCAUAGCUGUUGGAAGAACUGAGUGGGAAGACCAUAUAGAGAGACGACGCCAGAAAUCUUCUUCUUCAAUUGAAGUUCUUGAUGCAGAACAAUGCCAAGAGUUGGAGCUUGAUGGGGCAUUACCUGUGGAUGCUCGGGCUGGAAAGGUUCCUCAAGAAGAAAUUGUGGCUGUUGUUCGACCUGGAAAUUAUGUGUAUUCCAGUUCUUCAAAAAGCCUGGAUCAGAAGUACGUCGUCAAAAGUAAUUUAGAGAUGUCUAUGGAAGUUAGCUUCAGAGGCAAUGCCAAUGAACUUCAAAAUGUUCGUCAUAUUUAUUCAGUGCGCGUUGGACCUAAGUCACUUAAGGGAAUUCAAGGGGUAUAUGUUUUUCCAGUUAAACACAAACUGUUGGGUUUCUUUCAAAGUGCUGGCAUCUAUACAUUCUCAUUUCAUCUUAACGAGUCAGAUUGUAAGAGUGCUGAGAAAAGAGUACGAGUCAAGCCAUCUUCCAAGGUUGGAAAGUGGGUCCUUCUAAACGAUGAUCAGCCUCCACUGUACCAAGUGAGAGUUGGUUCAGUGUUUCCACCUCUCUCUAUUGCAUGUUACGAUGUAUAUGACAAUCAAAUUCCAUUUGCAACUACUCUGGAAGUCGCAGUGAAAGUUCAGACAGAUGAGGGUUUGCUUUUCCAUGUAGAAAAAUUCACAAAAGAAUUCUCAAACCAUACGUUGACAGUAAAGGAUAUGAUGAUGGAGAGCAGUGAGUUAGACAAACUUCGACCUACAUAUGAAGCUACUUUAGUUGUAAGUUCAGAAGAUGAAAACAUUUCAGUUUUGGUUCCGUGCAAAGUUGAUCCUGGACCUCUACAGACUGUCAAGGCUAUUCCUCCUAUUUUCGAAAACCAAGUGCUUCCAGGUUACACUAUUCAGGAGUUUAUUUUAGAGAUGUUUGAUCAAUAUGGCAAUCAUGUAAUUGAAGGCACUGAAGUUCAAUUGAAUGUGGAGGGGUUUUCUAUUCAAGAUCGACUGGGUACAACACGUAAGGCUGAUCAUCAUGGAUGCAUUGACCUUGGUGGCCUGUUGAAAGUAACCGCAGGUUAUGAGAAAAAUGUAUCAUUUUCUGUCUACUACAAUAAUGAUGUUUUACUGAUGCUUCAGUCUCAAACUGAGAAAAGGGUGUUGAAAAUUUCAUCUAAGGUGCCUGAGGUUUGUGUGGUCGGUACUCAAAUGGAAAAUUUGGUCUUUGAAAUCAUCAACUCUGAAGGUGUUGUUGAUGAUACUUUUCAUCAUGAAGAGAAAAGUGGCCAAUUACAUAUGCUUACAAUAAAGGCCGGUUCAUUUAUGGAGGAAUCCCUUCGUUUCACAUUCAAGCAUGGCCGUUGUACUGUUACGGGCCUUUCUGUUCCUGAAGUGGAAGAGAGUUUUAACUUUGUAGCUGCUCAUUCAUAUUAUCCAGAACUGCAUGUGAAUGUAGAGGUUCCUGUAGUGCGACCUGUAAAAGAGAAAUAUGAUCAUCUUCUCAUUAAAAAAGAGAAGCAAGUUGAGUCUCCAACUCUGUGGGAUGUUUCUCCGCUCCAUGAGUUGCCGCAGCAAGUAGGAAAUUUAAGGGUUCCAAAAGUGGAACAUCAAGAGUUUCAGUCUCCUAGUUCAAUUGGAAACACAUUUCCCUCUCCAGAGUCUUCUUGCCUUCUGCAAUUAGAAAAUGUUAAGGAACUGAAGAAUAUCAUGCACCAACAUGGACUAUGUGUUGGAGAUGUGGAAGAAAAACUGAAGAUUCUAGAAAAAGAAAAAGAAAAAGCUAAGCAAGAGCUCUCUGAUUUACAAGGGUCUAUUGAACCUCACAAAGUGGAAUCGAUAAACCGCAUUGAAAGCAUGAAUCACAGUGCAGCUGCUAUCAUCUGUACUCUAUUUCGAGAAGUUUCAUUCGAAGAGGCAAACAAUCAAUUCAUGGAAGAUGUGAUUGGAUUGGUUGCUCUACUUGGCACAGUUGGUAGUAGUAAUCUUAGCAGGGUUUUGUCAGAGUACUUAGGACUGGACACUAUGUUAGCAAUUGUCUGCAAGACAUAUGAUGGUGUCAAAGCUCUAGAAUUGUAUGACAAUGAAGGUUGCAUAAACCUAAAUUCUGGUCUACACGGGCUUGGUGCUUCUAUUGGGAGGAAAUUGGAGGAUCGGUUUCUGGUCAUUUGCCUUGAAAACAUAAGACCAUAUGCUGGCGAGUUUGUGCAAAAUGACCCCCAAAGGAGGCUUGAUAUUCUAAAGCCAAGGUUGCCGAAUGGGGAGUGUCCAGCUGGAUUUCUUGGUUAUGCUGUAAACAUGAUCAAUGUGGAUAGCACAAAUUUAUUUUGUCUCACAGCCAGUGGACACGGCCUGAGAGAGACUCUAUUUUAUAGCCUCUUUUCUCGCCUGCAAGUGUAUAUAACAAGAGCAGAAAUGGUUCUUGCUCUUCCUUGCAUAACUGAUGGAGCCAUUUCUUUAGAUGGUGGGAUGAUGCGGCGGACUGGUUUGUUUUCCCUUGGCAACAGGGAAGAUGUAGAUGUGAAGUUUCCGAAGCUUUCAGUCACAUCAGGCCUGCCUGAAAGCUAUCUAGAAACACAAAGACAAAUCAAUGAGAUGAAAUGGAGAAAAGAAAAAAUGGAGGAAGAUUUGAAGAGAGAAGAGGCACUAUGGGAUAACGCAAAAUUCAAUUUUGACAGAAAGAAGAAAGAGUUUAUCAAGUUCCUGGCUGAUAGUUCAUCGUAUGCAACUCAGGCAACUCAGCAUCAAAUUAUGGGGGUGCAGAAUCGAUUUACCUCAAGCUAA